ACUACAAGUAUCGACUUUAUUUAAAGCCGCUGAAAAUGUGUUUGUGUAUGUGAUUCUGUCUAAAAAGAAAGAAUAAAAUAGUUAAGACAAUCGAGGAAAAACUAUGGUUGAAUCAAAAAGAUAUUCAUCUUCAUCUACAGAUACUGCUAGUGUUAGUGAUUCACCAGAACCAAAUACUCCAACAAAUAAAUCACCUAACAAUUCUAAGCUGAACGUUUCUACAGCAAAUCGUCGUCCACGUUAUUAUUCAUUUAAUCAACAACAAAAUAAUUCUGAACAAAAUCUUAACAAUAAUGAAUUAAAACAAUAUCCAAUUGAAUCAGAUCAAAAUGCUUUAAAUUUAAAUUCUAUAAUUAUCAAUAAGAAAUCUUAUUUAUCAUCUGUUCAUGAUAUAUCAACUAUAAAACCAAUAGAAAAUAAUAAUAAUAAUAAACAUAUUACUGAAAUGAAACAAAAUAACAAUAAUUCAAUGAAUGACUAUCAUGGAUUAUCAACAUUGGAUAAAGAUAUACAUCUUCACACUGAUCAUAAUAAUAAUAAUACUAAUACUACUACUAAUAAUAAUAAUACUAAUAAUAAUAUUAUUAUUAAUGAUAAAUUAAAUAAUUAUACUAUAGGAUCUAUCACACAAAUACAUUAUGAUGGUUGUGAAACAAAGGUGAAUGAUCCACCAAAACGUGAAGCCAAACAAAAUAGUAUUAUAACAAUUUUUACGAUAUGGAAUACAAUAAUGGGUACAUCGAUUUUGGUAAUGCCAUGGGCUAUACAACAAGCUGGUUUCGCUUUGGGUACAUUUUUAAUUAUAUUUGUCGCAUUCAUUGCUUGGUAUUGUGGUUAUCUUGUAUUGAAAGCAACAGAAGAUUUGAAAAUUAUACAAAAUACUCGUUCAUCUGCCGACAUGGAGUUUACAGACGUAUGUCAAUAUCAUUUAGGAAAACCUGGUUACAUUUUGGCAAUCUCAUUUUCUAUGUUAGCUCUUUUUGGUGCAAUUAUAGUCUAUUAUGUUUUAAUGUGUAAUUUCCUAUAUUACACUGGGGAUUUUAUUUACAAUAAAAUAAAUAAUGUGAAUCAUUCCCAUUUAGAUCAAACAUUUACAUUGUGGAAUAAAACGUAUACAGGUGCUACAUGUUCCAACUUACCAUUGGUUCCAAAUAAAGAUCAUGAAAAUAUUACAAUACCUUCUUUAAAUUUAAAUCAUGAAACAUUGAACAAUUCAUUGAACACUGAUCAUAUUUCUAUUUAUAAUCGUUUAUGGUCAAAAACUCGUACUGUUCCAGCAUGGCUUUUAUUAAUUGUUGUACCAUUAAUUUCUAUUAAAUCACCUACAUUUUUAAGUAAAUUCAAUGCACUUGGUACUAUUUGUGUAUUAUAUCUGGUCAUAUUGGUUUGUUUGAAAGCUGGUCAAUGGGGAAUAAAUAUGGAUUUUUCAUCUAAACAUCCUUAUAGAAUUGUACCUCAAGCACAAACUACAUUCAUUAGUUUAACUGGUAUAUGUUCACUGGCAUUUUUCUGUCACAACACUUUACAUACAUUGACACGUAAUCAAAAACGACCGGAGAAUAAUACGCGUGAUGUGGCUAUUGCAUUUCUUCUAGUAGCAGCGACUUAUUUGUCUAUCGGUUUAAUAUUCUAUUGCUCUUUUCCAUUAGCAAAAUCAUGUAUUGAAGAUAAUCUUCUAAACAAUCUAGUAACAGAUAUACCAGUAUUUAUUGGUCGUUUCUUUUCACUUUUACAAAUGUUCACUGUAUUUCCAAUGAUACUUUAUGUUUUACGUGUACAAAUUAUGACUGCUUUAUUCAAAAAACCCUAUCCAGGAUUUAUUCAUGUUACUGUAUUACACGUGUUUAUUCUUGGACUAUCAUUAACGUUUUCAAUGUUAAUGCCGAGUAUUGGUACCAUAAUUCGAUUUAGUGGUUCAUUAUGUGGUCUAGUAUAUAUGUUUACACUUCCACCAUUAAUUUAUUUACUUAAUAAACGUACAUUAAUUCGUUUACAAAAUGAAGGUCAUAUUAAUAUAUCUGAUAUUCAUUCAAAUAAAUUAUUAAAUAAUAAUUAUCAUUUUAAUCAAAUUAAUUCUAUCAAAACAUUUCAAGAUGAUCAUAUACCAUUUCAUAAUUUACAAAUUGAUAAUCAUAAUGAUACAAUAUCAAUUAUUAAAAUUAAAUUAUUAUCAGAACAUGAAACAAUUAAAUAUUGGUUUAUUAUUUUUAUUCAUUUAUUUAUUAUGUUAUUAGGUUUAUUAAAUUUUAUUGGACAAUUUAUUAUAUUAUUUAUUGAAUCUAAUAAAAAACAAAUUGUUUCAUCAACUAAUAGUUAAUUGUAAACAUUUAUACAUGUACGCACAUACACACACAUGCACACACACACACACACGCAUAUAUGGAUACACACAUGGAUACGCACAAAACUGCAUACAUUACUUUCUAUUAUGUAAUCCUUUAAUUCAUCAUUACAUAAUUGCCACUAUUAUAUUACAUAAUCACUAUGCCCUAAUGUAAUCACUGAUAGAUAAAUUGAAUAGAAUAGAAUAGAAUAUCAGUUAGAACAUUUAUACACACACAUAUAUGGUUACGCACAUAAAAAGCAUACACUACUUUGUAAUAUCUAAUCUUUUAAUUCAUCAUUACAUAAUUG